CUGCAAACGAUACGUAGUUGUUCAUGGCAUGUGUACCAAAUGUGAGAAAAGUGUGAUUUGUUGCCCUGUUAAUAUUAUUUGUUUUCAUGAAUGAAGGUAUAAUUCAAUGUUUAAUUUAUACUUUAGUCACUUAAAUUUGUUCAGAUUGAAAUAACAACUGACAUAUAAUGGUAAACCAGAAAAGGUUGUUUAUCGGAGGUAUAUCUCCAACUGUUCAAGAAAAUGAUAUUAAAGAAAAGUUUUCAAGAUUUGGGGAAAUCUGUGGUGUGGAAAUUCGCGAAAAAACUUAUGAAAAUAGUAACGUCACAAGAUUUGCAUAUGUAGAUCUUAAAAUUUCUGAUGAUUGUUUGGCCAAAUGUAUCAGUGUUUAUAAUCAGACGAGCUGGAAGGGGCAAAAAAUUUUGAUACAGUUAGCUAAAGAAAGUUUUUUACAGAGGCUGCAACGUGAAAGGGAAGAACAAGAUUCCAAAAGUAAUCAUAAGCAUUCCUCUGAAAAACAGCCAGAAGUUUUCCAGUCACAAACUCAGUUCCAACAUCAUAAGGAAACAACUAAUAGAAAUAAAAUUUACUUUAAUGAUGAGGAAGAUAAACAACCUGCUGUGAAGUCUUUGUGUUGGUCAACAAGCAAGAACAACAGUGGUCAGGUUUUUGAGGACAAAAGUAAAAGGGAAGCUGGAGAUAAAAUUAAGAAAGGGAAUUCUUGUAAAGAAAAAAGUCAUGUUACUAAGAGAAGCCAUGACCAAAAAGGUAUGCUUUGUACUGAGUUAAUUAACCAUUCAUCCGAUGAAGAAAGCCGGCCUGGGAAUCUGCCAAAGUUUGGUGGAACUGGAUCUGUGAUAAAGAAGAAGAAUGCUCUUUCAGAAUUAUAUGGAACUAAUCCAAGCAAAAAAUUAUCUAGUAGUUCUGACAGUUCUACUGAUUCUGCUGACACUGAUGAAAUAAUCAGUCAUCACAAACCCAUUGACAAUACAAGAAAAUUAACCUAUGUACAGCCAUCAGCCACUAAGGAAACAGCAAGGUAUACUCUGGCAGACAAAAAAUCAAAAUCUGGCUUGCUAGAUUUAAAACAAGCUACCUUGGACUUGUUUUCUGUUGAUGAUGAUGGUGAUCAGUUUUUUACAACUGAUCAUUACAAUUUUGUUUCCAAAAAGCCUAAGACUUUUAACAAAAUCACACCAAUAGAAAAAACACCCAAAGUAACUGUGAAGAAUGGACCUGAUUUAAACACAGUUUUUAAUAAAAGGAACCACAAAACACGAGGAGAGUUGGCCAAAAGUCAGGUUUUGAAUGAAAAUGGAACUGAUGUCAAAAAAUUUCGAUCAAAAUCAAACUUUUCAGGAAGUCAGGAGUUUAAUUCUGAAAGGACUGAUUUCCAUGAAUCCUGGAAUAAGCAUCAGACAGACAAUGAGAAACGACUCAUUUCCCUAGAAAAUUGGAAGAAACAAAACAAGGCUCAACAGAUGGCAAUAAAAGCUGCACUAUACAGUGUGGAUUCAGAAAAAAGUUUGAAUAAGAAAAUAGUUUUUGAUUCUGAAGAAGAGUCAACUUAUGAUGAAAAAAAAGAUUGUUUAGAAGACCAUAAAGUUCAGAAUAACUUCAGAAAGCAGUUUCAACAGAAAUCCCACGAUAGGAGAAAACUGACAUUAUUUGAUGGCAGUGGGGAAGAUGAAGAAGGCAGUGAUGAGAUAGAUAAAUCCAAGGAAAUGUUCCGAAUAAGAUCUCAGUUUGAAGGUUCAAAAGGAAAAAGGCUACUGAACCGUCAGAAUUGGUUUGGGCAUGAUGAACGAUUUCGAAUGGAUGAAAAGUUUCUUGAGAGUGAUGGAGAAAGUGAUAAGUCAGAAUCUGAACAAGAAGAGAAGGCUGAGUCAACACUGCCACAGGAAACCAGUGACGAUUUUGUUGAUGUAGAAGCAGAACGAAACCGUAAUCUCAGCAUCUUAGAAAGUGUUGUUGGUUUUGAAAUUCCUAAAAAACUGACAAAAAACACAAAGAAGUGGAUGUUCAAAGACACUUCUAGCUUACGAUUUGACCCGAGUAGAGAGGAUUCUGCUAAGUUUGAACUGAAGUUUGAAAAGAAAGACACCAAAAAGAAAAAAUCGAAAGAAGCUCUUGAGGAAGAAAUGUCUGGCAAUCCUCUCCCAGAAGUUUCGAGGGAAAAAUUUUAUCAGGUUCAACCUGAUCUUAAAUUUGGAGAACACAGUUAUGAAAAAGAAACUGAAGGUUUCAGUGUCUUAAAGGCUCUAGGUAGAACUUGUAACGUAUCUGAUAACGAAGUAGAUGACCACGCACAAGGAAUGAGUUUCCAAGUGUCAUCCAUUCCAAAUGUAAGUAAUUCCUCCUUCAGUCCGUGGGAAAAAAAUCCUUUCAAGUAUGACAGCAGUGAUGACGAGAUCAGUGAGAAAAGAACAAAACAGAAAUACCAUAUGUCAUCAACACCGGCACCAUUUGAUGAGAAACAUCAAAGAACUAAGAAUAAUUUGUUCUUUUUCCAGGCCAACGAUCCUCGUCUCCAAGAAGGAGUGGAGUUCUUCCGGCGGACAGAAGACACGAAUGUAUUACAUAAAAGGUGGAUGGAGAAUAGGUCAAAAUUACUGGAGAACUUACAAGCCAAGAGGAAGAAAGCACAGCAUGGAAAGAAGAUAAGACUCAGUAAAGGAAAUCCUUUUAAAGGAAUAAAGCAAAGAAAACCUCAGUUUUAUUCUUGAAAAAUUUCUAGAAUAAUAAUAAAAUUUUGAUAAUAUUUUAAUUGCCUAAAAAUUUAACGUUUAUGAGUAAGUGUUGUUAUAACUGUUCAAAGAUUUGUUCUUAAAGAUUUCUGCAUUAGGUGAUAAGACCCAACCAAACAUGACAAAAAAUCUAGAGAAGAAAAAGAAUCUUAUAGAAACUGCAGUAAUUCAAUGAUUUUUAUUGCAUUGAUUGUAUAAGGAGUACGAUAACAUUUAUGGUGAUAUUUCUGCUUCUGUCUAGAACGGUAGUUUUCUAACUGUACGAAGCCAUCGAACCCUCUUAUUUCAUUCCUUCCAUCACAGAAAUCCAAACCUUAACUCACCUUUAAAGCCUUGUUAGAAGUCAUGCCUUCUUCCUCUUGUAUCAUACUUACAUGAACAUAGGCAAAUUUAUAGAUGUAUGAAUAUUUCUUAUUUUGUUUGCUUGUGUAUGUAACUGUGUGGAGAAGACUGAAUAUCAAAUGACUCGUGAUUUAAAAAAAAAGUCUGUGAUGGGUUAACAUUCAAAAGUUAAAAAAAAAAA